AUGGUGUCGGUAGAGGAAUGCAUUGCGUUGCUGGAACUCGGCCCCAUUGCUGACAAGAUCAUCCGCGGCUCGUCCACCGAACAGAUGAAGCGUCUGACCAUCGGGGUCGAGCUCGUUGCACAGCCUAGUAUCAUCUUUAUGGACGAACCGACCAGUGGGUUGGACGCGCGAUCCGCUAAGCUCAUUAUGAAUGGAGUGCGCAAAAUCGCAAGCUCGGGGCGAACGAUUGUGUGUACCAUCCAUCAACCGAGCUCCGUGGUGUUUAGUUUCUUCGAUUCUCUGUUGCUUCUUCGACGUGGCGGACGUAUGGUGUUUUUCGGAGAACUCGGCAAAGACUCGUGCAACCUUAUCAAAUACUUUGAGGCAGCCCCAGGAGUGACGCCGAUCGAGCCUGGGUACAACCCCGCGACAUGGAUGCUCGAGUGCAUUGGCGCUGGCGUCGGGGCCUCUUCUCAUACUCAUGGAAUAGAUUUCGCAGAGUACUUUUCGAAAAGUGAUCUAAACGUUUGUAUGGAGCAAGAUCUCAACCAAUAUGGCGUUCUUCGGCCGUCGCCAGAUCUCCCCGAACUUAAGUUUACGAAGCAAUUCGCGUCGACUAAGACAGCGCAAUUCAAGUUGCUGUGUCGUCGCUUCUUCUACAUGUACUGGCGAACUCCGACGUAUAACCUCACUCGCUUGAUGGUCAGUGUGAUGCUGGGUGCCAUCUUCGGUAUCAUCUACCAGGCUACCGACUACACCACAUUCACGGGUGCGAACGCAGGGGUCGGACUCGUCUUCAUCAGCACCGUCUUCCUGGGUAUCAUCGGCUUCAACAGUGUGAUGCCUGUCGCGGCUGACGAACGUACAGCCUUUUAUCGGGAGCGAGCAUCGGAAACGUACCAUGCCUUGUGGUAUUUUAUCGCCGGUACAUUGGUCGAGAUUCCGUACGUCAUGUUAUCAUCUCUCGCCUUCACCAUCAUCUUCUUUCCUAGCGUUGGCUUUACCGGCUUUGGAACGUUCAUCACCUACUGGCUCGUCGUGUCUCUCAACGCACUGCUCUUUGUGUACUUUGGUCAGCUGCUGGUGUUCGCUUUGCCUAGUGUAGCGGUAGCAUCAAUUGCUGGAGCUCUGCUCAGCUCCAUCUUCAUGCUAUUCGCGGGCUUCAACCCACCAGCGAAUAAUAUCGCGAUACUACAUCUCGCCACCAACCUACAUGCAACGAGCAAGAAACUUGGCUGUCAGAUUCUACAGAACGCACCGGCCACUGUUGGCAACAUUUCUCUCAAGCAGUACGUCGAGCACGCCUUCGACAUGAAAUCGGAUCAUAUCCCCAGAAACGUCGUGAUUCUGGGCAUUCUCAUUGUGGUAUUUCGGUUGUUGGCACUGCUUUCACUACGCUACAUCAGUCACCUAAAACGGUAA